AUGGGAGCGAGACUAAUGAAAAUAGAAGUCAACGAGGCAGGAGGGCUGAUCAACAACGGAUCUGCAGUCACAUUAUCGGCUACAAUGUCUGACCUGAAUUUGACAGGUCACGAAAACUGGAGAAAACGUGAUGGUGACUCAGUUUCUGGGAGUUCAGGAAAUCAAAAAUGGAGGGAACGUAAUCAUGGUUCUGAUCCUAGACCUGAACGUGGUCGUGGCCGUGGUCGUGGUCCUGGUCAGGGUCGGGGUUAUUAUGGUGUCCCUGGAAAUGACAAUGACGGUGGUAAUGAUGGUGGCUUUAUCCCAGGGAACAAAGAAAAUAAUGAAUCAAACAGAACGCGUAAACCGCGUCAGAUGGGAUUCAAAGCACUGGAAGAAUUAAUUGAUAAAAAUAACAUUGAAGAAAUUAUUUUAGAUCUUAAUGACGGCAAGAAAGGUUUUAAGACAUUACUGGAUAGCCCUUUAUCGACAGAUAUGAUUGUUUUAGUUGUCAAAAUGUUGGCUAAAAUAUGUGAUUCUGAUUUUAAUACUUCGAAGACUUCGCUACUGCAAUUUGCAAUCGGGAGUGACUUUUCCAAACAAGUGAUCUCUUUUGUAAAUGGCUUGGCUGUUCAGAAUUCAACAGAAAAAAGGUUUAAUAAGUACUUUUGGAAGGAUACUGAUGAUUUUUGGAAUAAUAUAAUCAAAAUAUCGGAACAUUAUAAUGAUUUAUUACCUUCCACUUCUUGCGAUUUUACAGUAAAACUUUUAAAAUCUGUUAAAUUUAGUAUCCCAGCUGUACAAGAAAGCCAUAAAAUGCAUAUUUCUGAUGGAAUCAAGAACAAGGUUGAUAGUAUACUUGAAGUGAUUGAAAAAAAGGAGAAAGAAUUAGAAGCAAAGGAAAGGUUAAAAAAAGUCCCGAAUUUCAACUUAACGCUUCAAGAACCACCGGACGACUUUCGAGAAAUAAGUGUUUAUCCAUCGACUGUAGAAAUUACCACAGAAAAAUCUCCAUUUCUAAGACCGAAUAUUGUGAAGGGCCCUUAUCCAGAUAUUAAUACUUACUUAGAUAUACAAUAUCGCUUAUUAAGAGAAGACUUUGUACUGCCUCUAAGAAAAGGAAUAUGUAGGUAUAUCAACAACCCAAAAGAUAAACAGCAAGACAUUAAAGUUUACGAAGGCGUCAAGUUUCUCAAAGCGGAAUCUAUAAACGAUCAAAAUUGCCAGAGAAUUCAAUUCGAUUUCUCUAACAAAAAGACAAAAUUUGAGUACGAGAAUUCCAAAAGAUUUAUGUUUGGUUCUUUGUUGUGUUUCACAGAUAAUAGAUUUACCACACUACUUUUUGGAAAAGUUGUAGAACGAAAGGUAGAAUUGCUAGGGAAUGGUCAGCUCAUCGUUGGAUUUAAUUCAGACAUGAUGUUACCUGCAGAUCUUUAUGACAAAUCUUUUUUGUUGGUAGAGAGUAAAGUGUAUUUUGAACCUUAUUAUCAAGUUCUUACUGUUUUAAAAAAUAUGCCUAUUGAACAUUUUCCGAUGGAAAGAUAUAUCAUACAAGUGCGCACAGACACAAGACCUCCACAGUAUCUCCUGAAAACAGAUCCCGUUUUCUAUACUAUAGAGCGUACCAAAUUUUGGCCUUUGGAUUGGGGCGAUCGACAAUUUUAUGGAUUGAAUGAAGCCCAAAAUAAAGCUUUUCAGUCUGCGUUAACCCGGGAAUUCGCAAUUAUACAAGGGCCUCCAGGAACGGGCAAAACCUUUCUGGGUUUAAAAAUUGCUAGAACAAUGUUACAAAAUCACGAAGCAUGGUAUAAAGACUCUCCCAUGUUAGUAAUUUGUUUUACAAAUCAUGCUUUGGAUCAAUUUUUGGAAGGAUUAUUGCCAACAACACAUGAGAUUAUUCGUGUAGGCGGACAAUCAAAAAAUGAAAAUUUAAAUAAAUACAAUAUUCGGAAUAGAAAAAGAUUAAUGGAUUCUCCAAAUCGAGCUGUCUCUGAAAGACAUUUGGUAGUAAGGAACCUGAGGCGAGAUAUCGAAUCAAUAAAUGAAUGUUUAAAUAUAAUCGCAAAGUAUGACACUGUCAUUGCAUUUGAUGCGUUUUCAGGUGUGGUACCAGAAUAUGCGACAUCUUGGUUUGCAAAUGUCAAAAAUGAUGAUAUUAUUAACUGGUUAUUUGGAGGCCAUAAUAGACAAUUUAGAAGAAGACCUAAUCCCCAAAUCUGA